AUGGCUAGCGUAGAAGCCAAGACGGCAGUCAGGCUCGUCCGUAUCCCGCCCGUCGCUAACGACAGAGGCCACCUUGGUCUAAGACAUCUUUACCUUGACCCGUUCUCACAUCACCACACCCGCAUCGAAAUAUCCACAGAUUUUGACCCGACGCCCUGCGGCUUCAUGAUGGAACUCCCACAAUCAAUCAAUUUGACGAGCAUUCUCGUUUCUGUACUCAUAUUGGCAGCAACGUUUUGCUUCAAAUGCGUCAUCGACAGUCACCGGGCGCGUUUGUCUGACAUCCCGGGUCCUUGGAUUGCUCGGUACACAAACCUGUACGCGGUCUAUUUAGCCUGGCGUACCGAACGGGGUUCAUCGAAACUAAACAUCUUGGACGAUCUCCGAGACACAUAUGGCGAUGUGAUUCGCCUAGGACCUCGCUCGGUUACGGUGUUCGAUCCUUUCGCCGUGCCAGUCAUUUAUGGUGUUCGAUCUCGGCUUAACAAGGUUGAUAAAGGUGAAGCAUACAUACCUUUCCGUCAAUCCGGGGUGACGACAAGUCUCCUUAGUAUUCAAGAGGAGACGAUUCACUCACGAUAUCGGCGCCUGGUAUCGAAUGCUUAUUCGAUGACGUCGUUGAAAGCUUAUGAGCCCUAUGUUGAUGAGCUCAUCUCCAAGUUCAUAAAAGUUUGUGAGGAACACGCUGAGAAGAAGCAGGUGCUGAAUUUGAGCCGCUGGUGCUACAACUACUGCUUCGACGUCGUUGCGAAACUGUCUCUGGGCAAACCUCUUGGCUUUCUCGAUGGAUAUGACACGUAUGGUCUGUAUGAAAAAGUCAAGCGAUUUGGGGCAUACGUCGCCAUCGUCUCCCAAAUGCCCUGGCUGCACAAGGUCGUCCAAGAAAACUUCGUGAUGAGGCGCUCGAGGCCAUCGCCAUUUCUCAAAGUUGUGUCCGAGACUGUCAACGAACGUGUCUACCAAGGCAAAUCUGAUACCCGACCGGACCUGUUGUCUUACUUCGUCUCCACGCAUGAGCAACAGCCUCAGCUCAUGACAACCAAGCAGGUCGCAAUAUCGGCCUCAGGGAACCUGAUUGCCGGCAGUCUUAGCCCCGGGAAGACUUUCCACGAAAUGUGCAAGUACCUGGCAAGCAACCCAGCCUCACAGGACAAGUUGUACGCGGAACUGAAAGAAGGUGGAUGCGGAUCGUUUCCGACUUUUGACGAACUUCAGGAACUGCCGGACCUAUUGGGUGUUGUCAAAGAAGCCUUACGUCUUCACAGCUCUGCCUCGUUCAAUCUGCAGCGAGUCACUUCUUCGGCGGGUUUGCGGCUACCCAAUGGCGUGUUUAUUCCAGGACACAUCAAUAUCGGCUGUCCAGCUUCUCAAAUCAACCGGGACCGCCAUGUGUUUGGUCAGGAUGCCGAUGUAUACAUCCCAGAAAGAUGGAUGAAGAGAACGGCGGAGACUGACGAGGAAUAUCUCGAAAGAAAGGGUUUAAUGGAGAAGACGGAGCUCACUUUUGGGCAGGGAUCGCGGACGUGCAUUGGCAAGAAUAUAUUUGCCUUGGAGGUGUACAAAGUCGUGGCUACCUUAGUGAGCCUCUACAAGGUGCGCACCGUCACUUACUUCUGGCUCUUUUUGAGAAAGUUGGAGGUCCAGGAGGCGAGGUCACCGUAA